AUGAAGACGUCGUCAUCCACCAGAUGUCGUCCACAGUCUUCAAUCAGCUUGGACGAGAAAAGACACCGUAACCGUAGUCUCGGAUGUAUUUCUAGAUAUUCAGCAUGUCCGCUACCCGGAUUUUCUGCUUAUUUAGGCUCAAUAACCCGGGUUUCAACAGGUCAAACCACAUUUCAUCCCUAUGGUGUUGAGGAGCCGCUGGCGCCGCAGAAUUGUGUUGGAGUCUUCACCUCAAUGUAUUGUAGCACACCAUCCGAAUACUCAUUUCAACCAAUGUUCAGUCUAUCGGAUACACCUCCUCUAGUGUCGCCGGAACCAGAUGAUGAUUUGGAUUUUUCGCCCGAUAUGACUAGAAAAAAGGAGUCAGCAUCAUCAGGAUACGGUUCUGCUGGAAGCGAAUCUGAACACGAUCUGAUGUCAUUACGAAGUGACGAUAUCAAAUUUCGAGGACGUCUCCAUCAUAGGGGUUCUCACGGAGGUAAAGCGAAUCAGGACCUCCAACGACGUCGUUCAAUGCCACCAAUGUGUAAUUUUGAGAAUGAUGUGACCCGAAUUUUGUGCCAAAAUGGAUAUGGAAAAUUUGAGACCAAUGUGGACACUGGCGAACAAAUCAGAAUGGAGAUUCGCGGGAUGAGUCGACCAGAAUCCGUUCUUCAAUUGGUACAAAAAUUCGGAGAGAUCUCUGCGGCUCAGGAUAACGAAAUUCAUAAAUCACGGCUUUCGCUGAAAUUGGGAAAAGAGAAUAAUACGAAAACUGGGAGCAAUAAUCGCCAAAUUUUGUUGCAACAAUCCAAAAGUGGUCCGCCCACGCCUAUUAGACAUGUAGCGCCAAUCACCACAACAUUCACACUUCCCGCACCUCGGAUGCCAGUUGGAGGGAUUGCCAGUCUAAAAUCGGAGCCAAAAAUGUCGCGUCCCAAUAUGUUUAAACAGAUGGAGAAGGUUGGAGCCAACCCAACCUCUGCCGCACCACCACGCCAAUUGAACCCCAACUCGAUCAAAGACGCUCUAUUGAGAUGGAUUCAAAAUCGGGUUGCUGGUUAUCCGAACGUCAAUGUCACCAAUUUCUCAUCCUCUUGGGCUGAUGGUAUGGCAUUCUGUGCUCUCAUCCAUCGUUUUGCCCCUCAAUCAUUUGAUUUCUCAACGCUGGACCCGAAAAAUCGGCGACAGAACUUCGAUUUGGCAUUCAAAGUUGCAGAGGAUAAUGGAAUAUUCCCACUGCUCGAAGUCGACGAUAUGAUCAUGAUGGGUGACCGUCCGGACUGGAAAUGUGUCUUCACCUAUGUCCAAUCAUUCUACAAACAAUUCCGUGAUCAUCCAUAA